ACCACCACCACUACCACCCACACUACAUUCUGCUUUCUACAGCCAACGAAGGCGCACUGUAAUCGACACCGUCUUCUACAAUUCACACACGCACAAUGGCGUUUGGCAAGAUCUACAGCUACGAGCGCAACCCGCGCACCACCGCCAUCCUCGCCGUCGCCAAGGCCAACGGUCUUGAUCUCGAGUUCGUCGAGACCAAGCCAGGCGCUGAUAUCACCAAUGACUACCGCAAGCUCAACAAACUGGGCAAGGUCCCUACCUUCGAGGGCGCCGACGGCUACGUCUUGACCGAGGCCAUGGCCAUUGCCAUCUACCUCACUUCGCAAAACGAGAAGACCACCCUCCUUGGCAAGACCAAGCAGGACUACGCCUCCAUCCUCCGAUGGAUGUCCUUCGCCAACACCGAGCUCCUCCCAUCCGUCGGUGCCUGGUUCCGCCCUCUGGUCGGCCGCGACCCAUACAACAAGAAGAGCGUGGAUGAUGCACAAAAGGCCACCCAGGCCAACGUCAAGGUCCUCGAGGAGCACCUCACUGUCAACACAUACCUGGUCAGCGAGCGUCUGACUCUCGCCGAUCUCUUCGUUGCCGGUAUCGCUUCUCGUGGCUUCGAGCACUUCUUUGACAAGGAGUGGCGCGCCCAGCACCCAGCCUUCACUCGCUGGUUCGAGACUGUCGUUCACCAGGACAUCUUCACUGCUGUCUGGGGCGAGUACAAGUUCAUUGACAAGGCCAUCCCAAACACUCCACCAAAGGUCGAGAAGGCACCAAAGGCUGAGAAGCCAAAGGCUGCCGAAAAGCCAAAGGCCGCUGCUAAGCCAGCUGCUGACGAGGAGGAGGAGGAGGCUGCUCCAGCACCAAAGCCAAAGCACCCCCUGGAAGCUCUUGGCCGCCCAACUUUCGUCCUUGACGACUGGAAGCGCCAGUACUCCAACGAGGAGACCCGCGAGGUCGCCCUUCCUUGGUUCUGGAAGAACGUCAACUUCGAGGAGUACAGCCUGUGGCAGGUGGACUACAAGUACAACGACGAGCUCACCAUGACCUUCAUGACCUCCAACUUGAUUGGUGGCUUCUUUGCCCGUCUCGAGGCCAGCCGCAAGUACAUCUUCGGCGCCGCAUCCGUCUACGGCAAGACCAACGACAGCAUCAUCAAGGGUGCUUUCCUUGUCCGUGGACAGGAGGCUCUUCCAGCUUUCGAUGUCGCUCCAGACUACGAGAGCUACACCUUCACCAAGCUCGACCCAAAGAAGGCCGAGGACCAGGAGUUUGUCAACGACCAGUGGGCGUGGGACAAGCCAAUCACUGUUGACGGCAAGGAGUACGAGUGGGCCGACGGCAAGGUCUUCAAGUAGAGUGACUAUUCAGCACUCUUGUGAUGGACCAUUUGUUCAGAACGUAUCGACCGCCUAGCUUUGGCCAUGGAUUACAUGAUUGUAUGCGUAGAUAGAGUCAUGACCGGCAUGAGAAAAAAGCGAUUCCUCCCACUCGUAGACGGAGAGAAAUGAUACCACAAUUACACCACCCAG